AUGUAUCUCUCUGUGAAUCAAUUAUCUACUCUCAUGAGUAUACUCAGUGAAGAAACUGUUGAAAAUCAAACACUUGAAUAUCUAGUUUCACAAUUACACCAAUAUUUUAAACGAGAAGAUAAUUUUAAAGUUGGUUGUACUUUACUUAUGCUAAUUCAACAUUCUGAUUUCUUACUUAAUCAAACACAAAAAUUUGCUGCUAUAAUAUUAUGUUAUGAACUAUACCGAAAUGAACCAAUUGCAACUAAUCCUUUAGCACCUGUUUUUAUGCAUCUUUUGCAUAAAAAAGUUGGUAAAAAUGAAUAUGUUGGUGAUUUACCAGUUUUAACUAUGCCUGUUAAAAUAUUUCUUUCUAAUUUAAUUAUGUCACAAAAUUCUAAAGAGUUAUUACGAAAAUCUGCUAAACAAGUAUUAACAGCACGCAGUGAUCCCACUAAACCUGUAGUAAAUACAGCAACAAUUCUUAAUACAAUUAAAGAACGGCGAAAAAAUCUUCCACGCACAGCAAAAAGCUCCCUUCCAGUUAUCAUACCAGAUCCUCAAAAAACUGAAUCAAAAGAAGGUGCAAAACAAGUCUUAGAAAUGUUAAUUAGUGGACCAAAAUCAUAUGUUUCACACAAUUUUAAACCAGAAAUGAUGCGACUUGUACCACCAUUGUAUGUGUGCAAGGAAGAAAUGGUAUGGAUGAAUAUGAGUAGUCGAUCGAAUCACCAGAUCAUGUAUGAUAAAACAAUGUGUGUAUCUACUAGUGCUGCUACCGAAGCACGAGAACUUAUGACUAAAGCUCUUAAAACACCUUUAACCUUACAACAACAACAGCAUCUUUUAGCAGAACUUGGAAAUGAUCCAAAACUAGUUUAUCAUAUUGGUCUUACACCUUGUAAAUUGCCAGAUUUAGUUGAGAAUAAUCCUCUAAUAGCUAUUGAAGUAUUACUAAAACUAAUGCAGUCACAUUGUAUUACUGAUUACUUCUCCGUCUUAGUUAAUAUGGAAAUGUCUUUGCAUUCAAUGGAAGUAGUUAAUCGAUUAACUACUACUGUAGAACUUCCAACUGAAUUUGUACAUCUAUACAUAUCAAAUUGUAUUGUAGCAUGUGAAACUAUUAAGGAUCAAUAUAUGCAAAACCGAUUAGUUCGUUUAGUAUGUGUUUUCCUACAAUCUCUCAUUAGAAACAAAAUAAUCAAUGUGCAGGAAUUAUUUAUUGAAGUCCAAGCAUUUUGUAUUGAUUUUAUCCAAAUUCGAGAAGCAUCAGCCUUAUUUCGUUUAUUAAAACAACUAGAAACAGGAGAUACUUGUAGUAUUGGUAAUAUAGCUGCUGCUGCUGGUAUUACACCUAGUACAAUUGCUGCUGCUAAAGAUAAAGAUAAAGACAAAAUUGUGCCAAAAGAAAAAUAGUUUUAAUAUAGUUGUUAAUUAAAUUUAAAUGACAUCUAAUUUUUUUUACGAUAAGCGAGACUGUAAAGUGGAAAUAUAAGUGUAAUAAUUUAUUAUAA